CCCUAUAAUAAUUCCGAAAAUCAUUUCCAAAAUCAUAAUGCAAGACAAGAUGUCAACCCGUACACUACUGUUCGUGAUCGUAGCGGUCAUCUUUCAGAUCGAGGCGAGUAAUGCGAGCUCAAAUAUAUCUGACCUCAACACGACGGUUGCCGACAGUCUAAAUGAUCUCCAGAGCUUUGUCAACUGGAUCGAGGUCCAUUUGAACGAAUCACAACCCGACGACAUCGCACAAUUGGAAAGGAGGCUCAGAGUUGUCAAAAACUAUUACGACGCGCAAAUUAGCCAAGGAAAUUGUUCAGCGGAGAAGACCGAGCGAUGCUCUAACAUCACCAAUAAAAUAGUCGAAACAUUUAAGAAGAAGUACAUCAUCGAGGUAAAUGAGUGCUACGACAGUGGUGCCAGGCUCUAUAAGAACUUUACCGACCACUUUAUGAGCCAACAUCUGCAGAAACAAAACGCCUUCAAGAUCCUAAUUAAGGAAAUGGACGCAGACUGUUCCACGGAUAAAAACGUACAUGAAUGUAUUGAGUCCUGGGAUUUGAAUACCCAGCUUGCAAAUUGGAAAGCCGAAAUAUUAGCGGAGAGGCAGAAUAAUAUUGUGUGGGCUAAUCAGCAGUUGGGUUCAAUUAACUUAUGCGUGCGAUCAUCAUUGAGAAAAAUGAACGAAGGCUUUGAGUAUUAUCAACCGCUUGUAAUGACCUGCGUGAAGUGCUACGACAUUGUUGAAGUGGAAAAUGAGGAAAACUCGUUAUAAAUUACACACAUUUCAGUGAAGUAUCUGAAAUUAUUAUUAAAAAAUUGA